AUGGCGGAACCAGAGAAAGAGACUAAGAUCGAGCCCAUCGUCGACGAACACAAGGAAACCACCGAGCGCAAAGCCUCCGUCUUCGACGAUGAGCAAAAGCGCCGUGAGAGCCUUGCGCGCCUAACAGCCAACAUAGAGGGCGAAGUCCGCAACCCCCUCGUCGACAUCCCCCGAGCCCAACUCCUCUCCAACGUCCACACCUUCGCCGUAGAGCACAACCUCGAAGACGUCGAGCCGCUCCUCAUCAAAGGCGCGCUCGUCGCCCAAUCCCCCGCCCUCUUCGAAGAACUCGAAGACCUCGACGACACGGACCGCAACUUUCUCCGCGAAGAGCUAACGCACCGCUUCAAGCUGCCGCGCAUCUUGUACUUCACCAUUAUCCUAAACUCCAUUGCCGCGGCGAUUCAAGGCUGGGACCAAACGGGCUCGAAUGGCGCAAACUUGACGUUUGGGCAAGCGCUGGGCAUCCCGGAUUCCGGGCCGGAAUGCGAGGCGGCGGGGAAUUGUGAGAAGAAUGGGUGGAUUAUUGGGUUUGUGAAUGCGUGUCCGUAUAUUGCUAUUGCCGUGUUUUGUGCGUGGAUUUCUGAUCCUGUCAAUGAUCUCUGCGGUCGUCGAGGUACUAUUUUCAUCGCUGCAGUCUUCUCGCUCUUGGCUCCGUUUGGAAUGGGUCUCAGUCAGACAUGGGGCCAGCUCGCCGUGUGUCGAGUACUCCUCGGUGUUGGAAUGGGUCUGAAAGAAGUCACUGUUCCGGUCUUCUCAGCCGAGAACGUACCCGCUAGCGUUCGAGGCGGCCUUGUGAUGUCCUGGCAGAUCUGGACGGCUUUUGGCAUCUUUCUUGGUACGGUCGCCAAUCUCGUUGUCAUGUUCGGCUCUGCUUUCAUCCCAGCCGUGCCACUCGUCCUUGGCAUCUACUUCGUCCCCGAGAGCCCUCGCUGGCUCAUGAAAAAACGCAGAUACGCUCAAGCCUACAAAUCCUUCCUGCGUCUCCGUAACUCGCCGCUACAGGCUGCCCGCGACCUCUACUAUACUCACUGCCUACUCGAACAAGAAGAGGUCCUGAUCCGCGAGGCAGGAAUCAACCCCAAGUCCAACUUCUUCACCCGCUUUAUCGAGCUCUUUACUAUCCCACGUGUACGCCGUGCAACGCAGGCAUCGGGUAUCGUUAUGAUAGGCCAACAGAUGUGCGGUAUAAACAUCAUAGCCUUUUACAGCUCGACAAUCUUCGCAGAAGGCGGUGCUUCGAAUAAAGAAGCCCUGAUUGCCUCAUUUGGCUUCGGACUGGUAAACUUCCUUUUCGCCUGGCCCGCAGUCUGGACAAUCGACACUUUUGGGCGCCGUGGCUUGCUCCUAACCACUUUCCCCAACAUGUUUUGGACGCUGCUUGUCGCGGGAAUGUGCUACUACAUCCCGAGAGACAGCCCGGCCCAUCUUGGCCUCAUCGCCUUCUUCGUCUACCUUUUCGGUGCGUUUUACAGCCCGGGAAUGGGCCCUGUGCCCUUCACAUACUCGGCAGAGGUAUUCCCACUGUCCCACCGUGAAGUCGGCAUGUCGUGGGCCGUUGCAACGAAUAACUUUUGGGCGAGCAUUUUGUCUCUUACCCUCCCACGCAUGCUCAAAGUUAUGAGACCACAGGGUGUAUUUGGCUUUUAUGCCGGACUCAACGUUGUUGCUCUUACUAUGAUUUUCCUCUGGCUCCCCGAAACCAAACAACGCACCCUUGAAGAACUCGAUUACAUAUUCGGCGUCCCCACGCGCAAACACAUGAAGUAUCAAGCCGGCGAGAAUCUUCCCUGGUGGUUCAAAACGUACAUUCUGCGCAAAAAGGGGCUCGCUAAGCCUCAGCUUUAUCGGUUUGCGGAUCAGAAACCGCCGAUUAGUGUUACGGCGCAGAUUGGCUGGGCGUGGAAUACGUAUGUGCUAAGGAAGAAGGGGUUGGUGAAGCCGGGUGCAUAUGUGCAGCCUGUGCCGAGGGGAGAGAAGCAGGUGUAG